AUGGCAAGCGCUUAUGUGAGCUUGAAACUUUUGAUAGAUUCAAAAGAACAAAGGGUGCUUUUCAGUGAAGCAGACAAGAAUGUGAUCGAUUUCCUCUACAACCUUCUAACCCUCCCUCUUGGGACUGUGAUUAGACUGCUCAAAAAGCAAGGCAUGGUGGGUUGCUUGGGAAAUUUGUACGAGAGCGUUGAAACUCUGAACGACACGUAUUUGCAGACUUACAAGAGCAAAGAUGUCCUUUUGAAGCCCAAAGACUCAUCCUUUCGUUCCACCUUGCUUUUACCUAACCUUGAUUUAGAUUAUUUACCUGCUGCAGCAACUACUACCAUCUAUUUGUGCAAAUCAUCUGCUAAUUAUGCUGACUGCCGUUGUUCAGUUUCUGAUAGUCCUAAUGCGAUUUGUCCAACAUAUAAGCGUUACAUGAGCCAAGUGGGCACGUUUGUGAAGCCAGCAAGUGCAAGUGCAAGUGCAAGUGCAAGUGCAACCACACAGGUAGUGGCCACUGGGGAAGACGAGGGGGGAUUUGUGAAAGGUGUGGUGACUUAUAUGGUGAUGAACGACUUGACUGUGAAGCCCAUGUCCACCAUUUCAAGCAUAGCCCUUUUGAACAAGUUAAAUGUUAAGGAAGUUGGUUCUUUGAAGGAAAAAGUUGUUACUUUCGGUGUCGAUGAGGGUGUGAAAUUGUUGAAGGCCUCUCUUCAUUCCAAGACUGUUCUCACCGAUGUCUUCAUGGAAAGGAAGCUGACUAUUUGA